AUGCCACCGAAUGCUCCUCCACCUAAGAAGUUAACGGAAAAGGAAUUGAAAGACAAAGCAGAAUAGAAAUGGGGAAAGAGAAAUAUAGGAAAGGUUGAGAAAAUAAGAAGAAGAAAAAUAAAGACUAGAGUAAGAAAGAUUAAGGAAACUAGAAGAAGAAAGAUUAGCAGCUGAAGAGAAUGCAGAAGAAGAGAUAGAAAAUGAAGUUUAAAGGGGUGUAUUUAAGGAAAAUUUGGAGAAUGCAAAAAAGUAAAUGAUGAUUGGAAUAAUAUAUUUAUAUUGUUCGACAAAACAAGACAUUACUUUGGUAGCCUAAUUAACUACUUUCAUCACAAUAUUCAAAACCUUGUCAGAUCUUAAAAUUCCAGAAGAAUUACAAAAAUUAUAAUAAGCAGAAAAUAUUGUUCGAGAUAUAUUUAGAUUUUUAACAUAACUGAAAGCUGAAAGAAAACCUGUACUAAAUAAUCAGCAAUAAUCACGGGUUAAUGAAAAUGAUGUCGUCACUAGAAAUUAAAAAUAUAUCAAUUCACUAAGAGAAAUGAUUCAUAAGAAAAUAGAGGAAAUAAAUACUCAAAUGGUAUUGUAUAUGCCGAGUUUUUCAUUGAAGUAAAUAACUAUUAAUAAAUAAUAGGAAAGGAUUUAUUUUCCCCUAUUAAAAUAUUUAGAUAGAAUUCUGGAUGUUCAAAAUGAUGGUUAUUUUUAUAAAAUAAACUUCCUUUAAGAAAAAAUCAUACGUAGGAUAUCGUAGAUACAUUAUAAUACUCCCUUUGUAUAAUUCUCAUUUCUUUAUGAAAGUUUCUGGAAUUCAUCAUCAAACGCCAAUUUUUCAAAAUCAUUAAUUUAUUAAUCUUUUAACUCUGGUGGAUAAAUACAAAAUUCUUUUUUCUAAUAGGAAAAAUUCGCAGAGUUAACUAAAAAAGCAAUUGAAGGGUCAAAAGAGACAUUUAAAAUAGAUGACAAAACAAAAAACGAAGUAAUAAAACAUUUCAUUUCCACCUAAUGAAGAUUUCAUAUACGGUAUUUUUAUAUAUCCAUCCAAUAAACCAUCUGGUUACAGACACAAACCAAAUGAUUAUCCUGAAUUACAAUUGGCAGUUGAUGUACCCAGAUCAAUUAUACACAUCAUUUGA